UCUGGAGGUGUGCCCGACAUUUUGUGUUGAUGUGAUCAUGAUGUGGACGUCGGUGUCCGUGGAAGCGUUUUCAACAUUCCUUUCCGAGAAAGGCAGCCCUUGGAAUUCACGGGAUCGGGUGUGCCUUCCAAGACAAUGGACAAAACAAACAUCCCUCAAACUUCUCGACGCUUCAUUGCCUCGCACACGUUCCAAUCAUCGACAGCAUCUACGACGAUACCCUGGCUGUAGGCGAUGUUCCUGCCACUGCUGACGGUGGGCCGGGGUUCAUGGUACGUGCUUGACCGGAAGAAUCAUAAAUGCUACCCUCAGAUCCACUUCCAUCAACGGUGAGAUGGCCGAGCGGUC